AUGCUCGUGUCGGGCUUCGCGUCGGCGCCGUUCCUCUCGGCGCUCGUGCUCGGCCCGCUGCUGGCGCUGCUGCUAGCGGCGUACCCGGCGCUCGUCGUGCUCAGCCCCGAGCUCGUGCACGCGCGCGGCGACGAGCUGCGCUGGCGCUCGCCGUGGGGCGACGGGCUGCUCCCAGUCAUCGGCGACGCGCCCACAGUGCAGCUGAGCAUCGUCGUGCCGGCAUACAACGAGGCGGCGCGCCUGCCCAAGAUGCUCGACGAGACGCUCGCGGCGCUGGCGUCGCGCGAGCCGCUGGUCGGCGGAGAAGCCACAGGUGAAGCGUCUGCUGCAGUCACGCUCGACGAGGCGCUGUCGGGCGCCUUGGACACCGUCGAGGUGCUCGUUGUCGACGACGGCAGCAGUGACGGGACGGCUGAGGUGGUGCUGGCGCAUGCCCGCGAGCACAAGGAGCAGUGGGGCCGCACCGAGUGCCGGGUGGUGCGCCUGGCACGCAACCGCGGCAAGGGCGGCGCCGUGAGGCAUGGCGUGCUGCAUGCCCGCGGCGCGCUCAUCCUCUUCGCCGACGCCGACGGCGCGACGACGUUCUCGGCGCUGCGCCCGCUCGCGCAGGAGCUCGCACGGAUCCGCACGCCGGCCGGCCACGGCAUUGCCGUCGGCUCGCGCGCGCACCUGGUCGGCAGCGAGGCCGUCGUCAAGCGAUCGUUUGUGCGCAACUUCCUCAUGCACGGCUUCCACCUCUUCCUCUCGCUGCUGCUCCGCCCGCCGUCGCCGCAGGCCCUCCUCGCGCGCUACCUGCCAGUCAAGGCCACGCACACGGCGCUGCCCGCGCAGCCGCUCAUCCAGGACACGCAGUGCGGCUUCAAGCUCUUCACGCGCGCGAGCGCCCGCACCGCCUUCGAGGGCAUGCACAUCAACCGCUGGAUCUUCGACGUCGAGGCGCUGCUGCGCGCCGAGAUGGCGAGCCAGACGGCGCUGCGGCGCGUCGCCCUCCGCGGCGGCAUGGCGGCCGUCCGCGCCAAGGAAGCCACUGGAAAGAGCGCCGAGGUGGGCACUGACAGCGCCGAAGAUCCACUGCUGCUCCUGCCCCUGCCGAUCGCCGAGGUGCCCGUCGAGUGGACGGAAGUCGACGGCUCCAAGAUCGACCUGCUCAAGGACUCCGUCGGCAUGGCGCUCGACCUGCUCGUCAUCCGCGCCAACUACGCGCUGGGCCGCUGGCCGCGCCCGCCGCCGGCUCGCGUCGACGCCGCCGAGACCUGUGCACGCUAA